UAUUGAAGCUCAUAGCCUUCCAAUUGGUCGUCCUUAAUACUGUCGUAUUAUUGUUGGGCUCUCAAAGAAAGUUGUCACAGAUUUGAAUAUAUCAAGUGACGAGGCUGCACGCUUCCUGUGAUUUACUGUGGUCUGUGAAUACAUUUGGAUUAGUCUUUAAGCCCUAACGACCAAUUAGCACCAAUCGACCGAUUCCAAGCAGUUUUCAAUCGAAUAUAUGGUGCUGAGUACCGUGCCGCUAAAAAGAUGCUUCAUCCCAAGUUACAGCAGAAGAGAAUGGGAGCUCCACGCGGUCCGACGCUUUAUGAGCGCAUUCUCUUGUUCAGGCGAUUACGUGGAGAGCGUGGGGUUGGUGAUCCUAAGGAUGGGGAGGCUGAAAUAUUUGAUAAUGUAGAUGGCGAGAAAGCUGUAGCAUAUCAUGCCGAAUCUAAACCUGAUGAUUCACCACAAACAACCAGAUCUAAGACAAGGCAACAGGCCUAUGAACAAACAAAAGGACGGGCAACUGGUUUAGAAAGGAGUGACACAUCAUUUGCCAGUGUGGAUAUAGCAGAUUACGCAACGCUCGAGGACGACCCAAAGAGAAGUCCAUCACCACAACCUACAUUUACCAAAAAUGCAAGUCGUUCCCCCGUACAAACAUCCCGGCAGACGUCUGCUAAGGUACGGCCCCGGUCCAUGAGCAUAUCCUCCAUUGAGGAACACCUUAAUGAUCGCGUGCCUUACAUAACCCAGCUCGAACCGGGAUAUACCGUCAUCCCCGAAAUAGUAUCAACAAGCCAAAAUCAUAGCCAAUAUGUCUAUAUAAAUAGAUCUAAAUCUAACCCCGAUUUCUCUAUCCACAAGUCUGACACGAAUGGACCUCCACACUCCCGGGAUGUUCAAACAUCUCCAGCCAAUCUUAAUUUAAGACAAAGAGUUAGAAGGAAACGAUCUGAUCAACCUGCUAAUGAACUAACCCUGGCCCAGAAGGUCAUCUUACAGAGAAGGGUGUUGGCAUAUUGUCAGUCUGUCGAAGAUCAGGGUGAAAAACUUAUACGACGAGAAAUACCUGAAAAUGCCACUCCAAGAGAGAUUACGGUUGAAAUGGAGGACACUCCAAGGUCACCAAGGCCGCAAGUCUAUGACAACCAUCACACGGUUUGGGCCGACGAAGAGGAAGACGAAACCAAAAUGGAACGUAGAGUAAGUUCUCGUCAAGAAAAACGACGUACAGCGACACCUACUAGAAAAACACCAACUCCAACGAGGACACCUACGCCUAAACGAUCCCCGACACCGUCCGAUUUAAAUCCACACACUGUGCUACCACCUAUUCACAAAGUCGAGGAAGAAACGCAUGUGGAAAAGACAGUUGUGGGAAGUGAAAGUAGAACUUCCGUUAACGAGGUCUACAGUGAAGAGGUAAAGGAAACGAAUAAACAUGUUCAAUCGGUUAAAAACGAGGACGUGGUCAAAGACGUAGAAAAUUCAAUAACCAAAUCCGAGGAUACUACUGUAGAAAGUGUGCAGGAAUCCUCUGAAAAGUCAGAAAAACAUUCAGUGGAUAAAUCAGAGGUAAAGGAUGAAAACAUUUCUAAAUCAGAGGAGAAAAGUGAAACAAUAACCAAAUCGGAGGAUACUACUGUAAAGGAUGAAAAUAUUUCUAAAUCAGAGGAGAAAAUUGAAACAUCUGAAGAAACAUCUGAAGAAACAUCUGAAGAAACAACUAGUAAAACAUCUGAAAAGGUGUCAGAAGAUAAUAGUGAAAUAAAGAAAGAAGAAGAAACAAGUUCGAAGGAGGAGAUUACAAAAGAAGAAACGAAAACAGAAGAAACGAAUGAAAAGACCAAAGAGGACUCAAAAGAAGAAAAAGAUGACACGGCCGUUAUAGCUGCUGCGACGACAGCAGCUGUAGCAGCCCCAGUUGCGGUCGCUGCAGCGGCUGCAGUAGCCUCAAAAUCCCAACGGAAGAAAACUCCUGAACCCGAACAACCACAAACACAAGAUCAACCCAAAGCCGAAGAUGCUCCUGUGGCGACCGCACCAGCUAAAUCGGCACAAACACCUCCAAAACCGAAAGAGAAUCAGAAACCGGGAAGUAACACUGGUCCUGAAAUGGAUCCAGAGGAACGCGAAGAUGCUAUUCAACAGCUUGAUAAACUGGCCGAUCACAAAAUUAAAAGUUUAAUAGAUCCCAGCACGGCCGGAGAAGCCCCCAAAAUAGAUAAAAAGCUAACAGAUAAAGUUUUUAGUAAAGAGUUUCAAGAAGAUUUGGACAAUUUCUUAAAAUCUCCGUGAUAUGUAUAUUUGCUUAAUUAGUUUACAUGCUGAAUAUGGUCAAACUUUCGAAGAGAGUUUUAAAUCUGUUUGAUGUUUGACGACCAAGUUGUACUUUUAUUUUACAGAAUAUUUUAUUUUGUCACCACUUGAUUUAACUUAUAAUCCUGUUAUGGAUUUAGUCUGAUGCUUUUUUUUUAUCGAAUCGGAAUUUAUAAGUUCUGUGCGCCGUAGGCUAAUAUUGAUAUAGAUAUGUGAAAAGCGAGCAGCAAUACUGAGUUCAUCUGAUAUGUCGAUACCUUUCAUAUUGGUUCUUAUUUCGUAACAAGGUUGGAUAUCAUCGAUAUUAUACGAAAAAACUGUGUGUUGAAGGGCGUGGAGCGAAAUCUAAAUGAAGAUCUUUACUUAAGGAAGGGGGUUAAAUGCCGGUACACAGACUUCAACUCAUCCGUGAGAAAGGGGUGCAUUUUUCGUUACCAAUUACCACUUUUAGAAAUGAUUUCAGCAAGGAAAAAGUUGCUAUUAUUACAUCUAUAGACAAUUGUGCUAAUAUUCUGUGAUAUUGCUAUUAUUAAAUAUUUUUCUAUGUCUUGA